UACUAUCCCUCUCUCUACCAGGACGUACACAUUGUUUUCAUUCUCUUCUUCCUUCUUCUUAUGUUCUUUCUUUCUGUUAGUUAACUCUGGUUUUCCUGUUAUAUAUUACGCAGAUUCAUGGAAGACAAAAAGAGAAAGAGAAAAGACGAGGAGAAGGAAGAAGAAGAAGAAGAAGAGAUGAUGAAGAUGGAGGAGUUUUACGCGCUUCUGCGGAGGUUCCGAGACGCGCGUGAUCGGAGACGAAAGGAGUUGGAGGAAAUAGAGAAGAGUGAGAAGAAGAAGAAAAUGGCGACAGAGCAACACAGUGGUUGGGUGCCAUCAUUCGAGUGGGAAGAUUUCACAAACGAGGUUGAAUUCAGAGGACAACAACCUUUGCAUUUCACAACUCCAUCAACUGCAUCUCCUUCGCCUCGUACCACUCGCAAACAACGUAAGAACGACCAACAUCACCUGCAUCAUAACUCUCUCGAUCUCAACCUCGCUCUCUAAUACCUCAUCCUUAUUGUUUUACCCUUUUUCUUCCAUAACUUCUCCAUCUAUGAAUCUCAACAUUAUAAUAUUUCUGUAAAUAUUUUUUUUUAAAUGUCUUAAAUUUGAUUUUAAUUAUUUUAAAA